UCUACAGAUAUCACAAGAUGAUAAUAUUUAAAAUUUGAAUAUAAUCUUAUCUAAAUAGUAAACAAAUAUAUAUAUUCCAUUCGACCAGCAAACAAGAGUACAUAAAGAAGGAUUUACAAGCGAAUAAUACUCGCAAUUCUAAUAUUUCGGGGCAACGUUAAUAGAACAAGCUUGUAAAAUGUUAUAAUUGCCUAUAUAAACAUGUCAUACAGCUUAAAUAUUAUUUCAUAGAUAUUAUUAUUGUUAGUCAUUUUUAUAUACCAAAUUAAUUGAUAUAAUUCCUGGAUGUGUAUUUUUAAGUUGUAAAAUUUAAGAAACUUUAAAAACAGCAUGUGAAAUAAGUCAUGUAUUUUCUGAAAUUUUUAAAAAAGAAUAAAUUUUUGAAAAUUUUAAAAAUUAAAAAUCUUUGGAAUAAUUAAUAAUAUAGUCUGAAUUUAAUAUAUUAAAAGUAUUAGGUUUUGAAGUACAUUAUUUUAAUGAAAAUAAUCCACAUAGGUUGAUGUAUAGUUAUAUAAAUUUGUUCAAAAAUAAUUAACAAAUUAAUAAUAAUAAUUUUUAAGAAUUGAGUAGGUGUGCUUUUUAUUUUCUAAAUGAUUCUUUUAAGAGUAAUAUAUGUUUAUAUUUGCCUAUUUAGAAUAUCAUUGCAGCAUGUAUUUAUUCAGCGUUUAGACUAUUGAAUUUGUAAAUGCCUAAAAUUGCUUGGUGGACAAUUUUGGAGUGUUCUUAUGACAAUAUGUUACUUGGUUCUGGUAAAAUUUUCUUUAUUUUUAAUUAAAUUAAGAAAGGAAAUAAGGUUUUAUUUAAUGAUUUGUAAUUUUUGAUUGAUUAAAAAUUGAGGAAAAUUCAAAAAUAAAAAAAUAGAAGAAGUGGAAGUUCAGAUUUUUAAAAAAAUCAUGAAAUUAAGUAAAAUAAUUUUAAAUAUCAUAAUUUUUAAGAUAAGUAAUAAGAAUAUUCACAUAAAUCUUCUAUUUCUUAUAAGAAUUUUGAAAAACAUGAAAAAUAAUAUGAAAAAAAUGGAAAAUAUUAUGAAAAAAAAAAUUAAUAUUAUUAAAAAACAGAUAAAAGUACAAAUGAUAAAUAUUCUAAUAGUAGAUAUAAAAAUCAUUAUCAUAAACAUAAAUAUUAAGACAAGUCAACUGGUUAUAGUAGUAAAAGUAGAAGUAGAAGUAGUAGUAGAGAUAUAAAAGAUAGAAAUAUAUCUAAAAGAAAUAGUUAAGAAAAUAAGAAAUAUCCAAAUCAUCAUUAUCACAUUUAAGAUUAUUAUGAAAAAUAAAAAUUCGAGAAAAAAAUUAAUAAAAG